CUGCCGGGGCGGCGGGAGUGCGCCGGCCGGGCCCGCUGCGCCGCGCGGAGCUGCCGCGGGUUUCCACCAUAUUCUCAUCGGACACUGCAAUGGGCCCUUCCCAGCUCAGCCUCAAGAUGCUGGUAUAGCAGCAGGCAACUGCAAUCCCGAGGACUUGCGGUGGGACAUCAUCGUUUCCUGCUGGGACAUCCUUCACCCCCCCUCUCUCGGCAGAAGCGAUGGAUGCCCACGUGGACCUCCUGACAGAGCUGCAGCUGCUGGAUAAGGUGCCCACGCUGGAGCGGCUGCGGGCAGCCCAGAAGCGGAGGGCUCAGCAGCUGAAGAAAUGGGCGCAGUAUGAGAAGGAGAUGCAGCACAAGAAGCGGAAGCAUGAAAAGAAGAGAAAUGCUGUGAACCGAAAGAAAGUGUCUUUUGAAGCCAGCGUUGCUCUGCUGGAGGCUUCUCUGAGGAACGACUUGGAGGAAGUGUGUUACUUGCUGAAGAGCAACAUCAGCCCAGACCUGUGCAAUGAAGAUGGAUUAACUGCACUGCAUCAGUGCUGCAUAGACAACUAUGAAGAGAUAGUCAAGCUUCUCCUCAACCACGGGGCCAAUGUCAACGCGAAGGACAACGAGCUGUGGACUCCGUUGCAUGCAGCAGCUACAUGUGGUCAUAUCAACCUGGUGAAGAUCCUCAUCCAGCAUGGAGCAGACUUGUUGGCAGUGAAUGCAGAUGGCAACAUGCCGUAUGACCUCUGUGAAGAUGAGCCAACUCUGGAUGUCAUUGAGACUUGCAUGGCCUAUCAAGGAAUUACACAGGAGAGGAUCAAUGAGAUGCGGGCUGCUCCAGAGCAGGUCAUGAUCUGUGACAUUCAUGACAUACUUGCGACUGGACAAGACCUGAACAGGACUGAUGCCCAAGGUGCUACGCUGCUGCAUAUAGCUGCAGCCAAUGGUUAUCUGCAUGCAGCUGAAGUCCUUCUCGACCAGGGGGCAAGCCUGGAUGUUAAGGACUGGGACGGCUGGGAACCUCUUCAUGCGGCUGCUUUCUGGGGACAGAUGCAGAUGGCUGAGUUGCUUGUGUCCCACGGGGCUAGUUUGAGUGCCAGGACAUCUUUGGAUGAGAUGCCAAUAGAUCUGUGUGAAGAGGAGGAAUUCAAAGUAUUACUUUUGGAGUUGAAACACAAACAUGAUGUGAUCAUGAAGUCUCAGAUGAGGCAUAAAUCCUCCCUGAGUCGAAGGACCUCCAGCACUGGCAGCCGGGGGAAGGUGGUGAGGAGGGCCAGCCUUUCGGACCGAACAAACCUUUACAGGAAGGAGUGCGAGAAAGAAGCCAUCGUCUGGCAGCAACUGGGGGCGGCAGAAGAAGGAAGAAACUCAGGGCUCAUUGGAGAAAUUGGGGAGACUCGGUCUGACCAGGAGAAUACAGACCCCAACUCAGUGCUGGAGAACUCUUCCCUCCUUCCGGAGUUAGCAAACAAAAGCACCCAGUGUGACUCUGAAAUCCCCCUCCAGAAUGGACUCAUGGCAUCUGCCAGCACUUACCAGUACACCUUUUCCAACGGGGACAUUUGGAGUAUGCACGCUGACCCUGACAGUAAUCCCGGCCACAUGCUGCCCUACGGCAACCCUGGCCUCCCUGACACACAGCAGUUCUGGGGUGCCUACAAGGAGCAUAACCAUCAAACGCUCUCUGAACUUAAGCGGCAGCGGGCUGCAGCCAAACUCCUCAAUCACCCUUUCCUCAGCACCCAUUUCGGCAGUGGCAUGGGAGGAGUUGCCGAGAACGGGGGUGAGGCCAAGUCGCACCUAAUCGGAUCCAGGACUUCUCCCUACAGCUCCAAUGGGACCUCAGUGUAUUACACAGUGUCCAGUGGUGAUCCACCCCUCUUGAAAUUCAAAGCUCCCAUGGAGGAAAUGGAAGAGAAAGUGCAUGGGUGCUGCAGAAUUUCCUAGUCUCAUCUGUUUCUCACCCCAGAGGAAACAAGACGUGGGUGGGCUGGUUGGAUCUAUCGGAGCAGCCAGGUUGGUGGCAUUCCAAAGGGAGAAUCUGGUUAUGGACAUCCUGACUGUGGCAGCCUUGUUCAUCCUGAAUUGUACUUUACCCUGCCAAUUACUUCCAUUGCAGUGAAAUGAGUAAUGCAGGUGGAGCAAGGUUCUUAGGGGAGAGGAAGGGAUGCGCAUCAAUAUGAUGUGAAAAGAGUCGCCCUAGUCUUGCUCCCUGGGCAAGAAGGUAUGGUGCACUGCCUCCCUGUCCUUGGGAAGUCAUGAGAUGCCUUGGAACAAAGAAGGAUCUGAAUUAAAAUCGUUGCAUCUGAGCCUCUUGCUGUAAGUCACCAAGCUUCUGGAAGGUGACAGUUCAGACCUGAAUUUUCACUCUUGGGUGAUGCAUAUAUCCUGGAGGGGAGAUCAACCCCCACACGGGGUUUGCAAGAGUGGACAGAGCUGUUUUCCAUACAGCUGGAUCCAGCACUUACAGGGCCUGAGCAACAAGCAAGCAUAGAUGCUGCACUUGCUUUAGGAAGUUUGCAAGGUGUUAUCUCCUUGCAGUGACAGCUCACCAUCAAAAACUGUGCACUGGUUGGGUCCUGUUCUGCUCGUGUAAACUCGUCACUGCAGACUGCCAUCAGGUUUGAAGCAGAACUUUUCCUGGAACAGGCUUCACUCAAUAGGCUUUAAAACUGAUGUUGCAAUAAGGGCCCUGGCAAUAGGAUUUUACUGCAAUAAAAUACUGACAAAGGUCUAUAUUGGGAUAAGUAAUUUAAAAAACUUAUUUGUACUAUUUAGACUCUUUAUUUGUUAAAACUGAAAAGACUUUUGCUGAUCUUACUUUCCUAUUGAUUCUGUUUGUUUACUCUGUACGCUCAACACAGAUACUAGGGACAGUAUGCUUUGCGUUCUGAUUUUUUCUGGAUUUCCAGAACCACGGGGCUUGGGAGGGAUGAGGAGGAAAGGCUUGCCGACACUAAUCUAGAAACGCCGUGAAAGCAUUUCUGAUCUCCCUAGAUGUUACGACAAUUGCGUUAACCUGUACUCUUCGGCUGAUAAAUAACUGUUAAAUCAUUGCUUUGGUAGUUGAACAUUGCAGCAGGGCAGGAGAUCUUUUUGGUCUGUUUUCCAGCUCCCAUGCUGAAGUCGUCAGCAGUGGUUAGUAGCUGUCAGAAGACGACUUAAAUGCCUCUAUGUAUAAGGGAGUUGCCUAGUGCCAUGCAGUACUUAGCAAAGCCUAUCUGCUCUAGAGCAGUUGGCACACCAACACCAGUGUUUCAGUGUAGUUCAUGUUAGCUCUGACAGACUACCUGAGAAACACUAGCAUGGUAUAACCUGGGGGUUUGGCACUGGCUCUUCAGCAAGUUAAGGCUUUGCAUACCUGGGGAGGUGAAAGGAGAGUGCCCCGUGGGAGACAGCUCUGAGGAACUGGCCACAGUUGAGUUAACAAGUUGUAUCUACAGAAGUAACUGUAAAUCUUCAAUGCUUUUUCUGCACAGAGGGGCUAUUGCACACAUAACUAUUUGCGUGCAUGAAUAUGUGUCGUCUUGGGCAGUUUAAACUCCAGACUCUGAAAACUUAAGCCUGUUUGGGUCUCUGUAAACCAUCAGUGGAUUAAAUCCAGCUCGUGUAGUUGUGCUUCAGCCAAGCAACAGCAAAUGCAGCUUCCACCCAUCUUCCCUUUAGCUGGCGGCUGUUAGAUGUCAAUAUUACACUUCAUGCAUACGCUCACCCUGUGGGAAUCCUCACAGCCUUUCCUUUUUUCUAGGUUAUAAAAGGUUGACUUGGGCUGCCAGUGACUGUUAAGUGCUACCCUCUGCUCCCCAUCAAAUCUAGCCCAUCGCUGGGGCUGGAUAUAUUAUGAUACAGGGCUCUAGGCUCCUCAUUCUAAGCUCCUUGAGGCAGCAGAGGUGGCUGUGUGUCACCACCACAACCACGCUGU